CGGUUGGCCAAUCUCCUGGAUAGAAGAGACGAUCCCCCUUGUCGACGGCUUUUCGGGGCCGACCUCAUCGAGAUACGUUGAUCUCCUCCGAGAUCUUAGUUCCCAAUGCAAGUCCACGAUUUCCCUCACGACUAUGCCGGACGAGUCGCCCAAGCGAUGGCCACCGUCUCCGUUGCUACCCACCUUGUAUUUCGAGGGCGAUUCGGCCUCAUCUUCAAGGGCAAGAACCGACUCGUGCUCAUCAUCGUCGAUUCGACCCAGAUCGACUUCACUCUCUUCGUUGCCGUCAUCACAUUCACGCUCGUCUCUGCCGUGUACUUCACCAGUGCUACCCAGCGCAGACACGAGUGAAGCGCUCUCUACACCAGCGUCGCCACAGACGAGUUUUUCGGACUUGAGGCGGAGGAAAUCGUCAUUAUUUACGGAAGCCGGUGUCUCUUAUCGGUGCCCUGCGCUCCAGUCAUUCUCCGAGACCAAAGCUUCUCGAAGGAGCUACACUGAUUCAUUUGUGACACCCAACGGUCUUUUGGAGAGCCAGGAAGCGAGCAAAAGCUGUAUUGUUCUUCCUCGGCGCAAUGACGAACAUGAAGCCUCUGCACUUCUACAAGCGUCCUCCCUCGACGCUGAUGAUGUCGCCAUUGGCACAUACAAAGGCUUACUUAACGAGCAUGGACUGGCCUGGGGCUGCGCAG